AUGUCAUCUCAGUUUAAAUGUACUACAUGUGACAUUUCAGGCUCAGGUGAGUCUCUGAUGAAACAUUUGACCUCAGCUAGACAUAAGACAGUCAUGGAUAAUAGAACCCAUGAAUUGGUUGCGUGCGAAGAAUGUUCUAACAAUAAUAUCCACCAGUUGCAAAUUAUUAGAUUUGGAGGCGAUGAUAUGGUGCUAUUAUGUGAUCCAUGUUUUAAAAAAUUGUACGCAGGAGUCACUAGGCCUACUAGUGCGUAUUCGUUGUCGAAUGGGGCCAUAUUGAUGUAUUGGAAUAGAUAUAUUACCGUAAGAGAUUGUAAAUGUGAACAAUGUGGGAAAGAUAAUCAUUUGAAUGUGGACCCGAGUUCUAAAGUAUAUUGUGAUGAUUGUCUUAAGACUAAAAAAAAUUCCAAGAAUUAUGUCUCUGAGGAUUCUGGGAAGUUUUUAUACCUUUUAUUAAACAUUAAAGAACCAAAGGGAACUUCAAAUAGUGGUAAAAAUAAUAAACGAUUUACUAGACGUAAAGGUAGAUCUACUAAGAAAGGAAAAUCAUCAAAGAGUCGUGGUACUGGUGGUGUUAGGAAUAAUGAUACAAGUAAUAGUAAUCCAAAGACUCGUUCUUCUACAAGGAGUUCCAGUAAACCACCUACAAAUGAUGGUAAUAGUAACCCUCCUAAAGGUGUAUUAAAGAAAAUUGAUGCUGUAGCAUAUCAGAAUAGAAAAGAUAAUACUAAGAUUGAAAGUAACACCAGGUUAAAUUUAAGAUCUUUUUCAGGUUUUAAAGCUGUCACAAGUGAUACAAAUCUGGCGGCUACCCUUGAACAAAAUGUUGAAAAAAAUAUCUCUAGAAAUCAAAGUAGUAGUAAUCUAGCUGUAGGUGGUAAUAAUAAUAGUCAUCGUCAAAUGGGGAUGAAUAUAUCAUUGUUGAACAAACCAGGUGACCUGAUGAGGGCAUUAUCGAGUACAGAUUUAGUUGGUAAAGGUAAGAAACAAACCCAAAAGAAGGAUAAUAAUAAAGCACUUAAUGAUAAUUCGAAAAAGAAGAAAGAAGAGAAAGUGAAAAAGACAAAAGACAGAAAAAGACAAAAAGAACCUACCGCUAUUGCUAACGCAUCACCUUCGUGGGAUAAUUCUAAUGGUUGGGGUCCUGCAAGCUGGGAUGCCUCUCUAGUGUCAUCAUUCUCUAAAGAAAAUGUUCCAAUUUCAAAAUCUAAAAAUGAUAAAGGUCCCCAAUCGAAGAAAGAAGUCACACCAACUCCUCCUAAAUUCGAAAAAUCUAAUAAAACGACCAUAAAAGAAAUUGAACCUGCGGAAGAAGGGGUUCAAAUACGGAAAUUUAAUAGAUUUACUCCAAAAUUGACGUUCCCAGAUUUGACUACUUAUUUAGAUACUUUCUCUCAAGCUAUGUUUUUAGAACAAAAGUUAGAAAAUGAAUUUUUGGAAGAUUUUGAAAUAUCUUGGUCUAAGAAUUCAAAGGAGCCUGUAUUUCUUGUUGAAUUUAAGACUAAGGGGAAUGAUGAAUUAAAGAGAUUAAUCAUGCCACAUCUCGUUGGUAAGACUAAUAAUCCAUUCAAUGAAAGGCAACCAUUGAUGUUAACUACUAUUGAUGAAUCUUUGGUAUGGUAUACAUUCGUGAAAGAAGUUAGAGAAGAAAGAAAUCGGAUAAAAUUAUUGUUAGAAUUAUUCCCAUGGAAUAAAAUGUCAUUGCCAUCAAGAUUAGGUUCAGAGCAUUUAAAACUUUUACCAGUUUCAGCGCAAGCUAAUAGAAUUAUGUUUGCAAUGACACGUAUUACCAAUCCGAAAUUUAUUAAUUUAUUAUUAGGCAAUAAAAAACUAAAACCAAUCUAUUUUAAUAAUAGAUUAAAAUUUUCUAGAAGUUCAUUAAACAAAUCUCAACGUGAUGCUAUUGAAUAUGUUUUGAACAAUUCAGUUACUUUGAUUCAAGGUCCCCCAGGUACCGGUAAGACGUCGACUAUUGAAGAAUUAAUUCAUCAAAUCAUUACCAGUUUCCAUUCAUUCCCAAUCUUGUGUGUCGCAGCAUCAAAUAUUGCUAUUGAUAAUAUUGCAGAGAAAUUUGUUGAUAAUACAAAAGGUAUUAAAGUACUAAGAAUUGUGUCUGAUAGAAAGGAAUCUGAAUAUAAUAAAUCACAUCCCUUGGGUAAGAUAUGUCUUCAUAAUAUUGUAUAUGAUAUGUUACCUGGAGAUUUAAGAAGAGAAGAAGAUUUACUAAGGUCUCGUGGGAAGAGUGCAGUAUCACCAAAGAUUGAAAAAAAAUUAUUUUUAGCGAAGAGUGCAUUAGUCACUAAGAUAAUUGCACAAGCACAGAUCAUUUGUACUACUAAUAUUACAGCAGGUGGCAGACAAUUAAAGAGUAUUAAAGAGAUUCCUACUGUAAUUAUGGAUGAAAGUACGCAAUCUUCUGAAGCAUCAACUUUAGUACCAUUAUCAUUACCUGGUAUUAAAAGUUUCUUAUUUGUUGGUGAUGAAAAGCAACUAUCGAGUUUUAGUAAUAUUCCCCAAUUAGAGAUGUCAUUAUUUGAAAGAAUUUUAUUAAAUGGUACAUGUGGUGAUCCACAAAUGUUAGAUACACAAUAUAGAAUGCAUCCAAAGAUUAGUGAAUUUUCUAUUAAAAGAGUUUAUAAUGAUAAGUUAUUAAAUGGUGUCACUGAAGAACAAAAAAAAUGGACCGGUAUAAAAUAUCCAUUAUUUUUUUAUCAAUGUGAUUAUGGAUAUGAAGAAAGAGCUUAUAGUGGUGGUAGUGGAAGUGGUAGUGGUGGAUUUAGUUAUAAUAAUCGUUAUGAAUGUGAAGCCAUUCUUGACAUUAUUUAUAAAUUAAUUAAAGAGAAAAAUAUUCAGUUAGGUAAUAUUGGUAUUAUUACUGCAUAUUCUGCACAACGUGAUUUAUUAUCCGAAAUUUUAUUAAAUGAUCCCAUAAUUAAUCCCAGAAAACAAGCAAUGGUACGUGAAACUGACGAAGAUGAAUAUUUGAAUAAGAAUUCCUACCCUGGUCAAAAUUUACAAUCACAUAUUGUGAAUAUUGUUAAUAAACUACAAAUUGCUACAGUUGAUUCAUUUCAAGGUCAUGAAAAGGAAUUUAUUAUAUUUUCAUGUGUACGUAAUAAUGCGGAUAAUAAGAUUGGAUUUUUAUCUGAUAAGAGGCGUUUGAAUGUUGCAUUGACAAGAGCUAAAAAUGGUUUAAUUAUAGUUGGUAAUAAAACCGUAUUAAAGAGUGGACAAUCAAUUUGGACAGAUUUUAUUAAAUUCCUUGAGGAUAAAAAAGUUGUCUUUAAUAAUUUAGAAGAUUACUAA